GAUUUAGACAAACUUCAAGAGGGGGUGGGCGAUAAGGUGGGUGCACUCGUAAUACUUAAUUAUCGAAACUACAUUACAGUGGUACAAUUACAUUUACUACCUGUAUCCCUCUGUCUGUUUGCAUUCUCGACGGUGUUGUGCUCAUUGGGAACGGCUCUCUACUAUGGAUGGGAACUCACUUUAGUCAUACUGGCCAUCACUCCCGCACUGAUCAUCGCAUUUGCUAUUAUCGCAAAGAUUCAAGCCAAGUACUCGACCACCGAAGCCGACUCCUAUGGAAAAGCCGGUGCUGUGGCCGAGGAGGUGUUGGGCGCCAUUCGCACGGUAUACGCCUUCGACGGUCAGCGCCGGGAGAUCGAGAGGUACGACAAGAACUUAGAGCCCGCCAAGAGGUCGGGCGUCAGGCGCACCCUAUUCACGGGGUUAGGGCUCGGGAUUAUGUGGCUCUGCAUAUACUGCUCGUAUGGGUUGGCCUUUUGGUACGGCGUGCGGCUCAUCAUCCGGUCCAUAGAGGACGGGUCUAACCUCUACGAGGCCUCCACUAUGUUGAUAGUGUUCUUCGCGGUACUGAUGGGCACCUUCAGCAUCGGUCAGACCACCCCCUACUUCGAGGCCUUCGCACAGGCGAGGGGGUCGGCGGCCCUCAUCUUUGAGGUCAUCCAACGCCAACCGGACAUCGACAGCAGUUCCGGAGCCGGCGAUACCAUUGCCGACUUCAGAGGACGGGUAGAGCUACGGGGCACCCACUUUAGCUACCCGUCCCGACCUGACGUACCGGUGCUCCGAGGUCUGGAUCUGGUAGCAGAGCCGGGCCAGACGGUGGCGCUGGUAGGGCCGAGCGGGUGCGGCAAGUCCACUGUCAUUCAGUUAGUGCAACGCUUUUACGAUGUGUCCGGGGGUCAGGUGCUCAUCGACGGCCGCGACAUACGCGAACUGAACGUCGGUUGGCUCCGGGAUCGCAUCGGUGUCGUGGGUCAGGAGCCGGUGCUGUUUGGCUGCUCCAUAGCCGACAACAUCAGACUGGGCUACGGGUCGGCCAGUCAGGCGGACGUGGAGGCGGCGUCGGUAGACGCGAAUGCCUACGACUUCGUGCAGCGACUACCGGCCCGUUUCGAGACACUGGUCGGCGAGAAUGGCUCGCAGUUGUCCGGCGGGCAGAAGCAGAGGAUAGCCAUCGCCCGGGCACUCGUCAGAAAGCCUAAGAUCCUACUCCUGGACGAGUCGACCAGCGCUUUGGACACACAGUCUGAGUCCGUGGUUCAGGCGGCGCUCGAUAGGGCCAGUGUUGGCCGGACUACGUUCAUAGUGGCCCACCGCCUGUCCACCAUUAGGUGCGCCCAUAAGAUAAUUGUCAUAAAAAGUGGUAAAGUGGAGGAAGUGGGAAGUCAUGAGGAACUCAUGAAAAGGGAAGGACUGUACUAUAAUUUAGUGAAAACACAACAACAGUCCGCAAGUGGUGUGGAAAGUGAUGUCAAUUUGGAUGAGGACUGGGAGGACAGUCAGCCCGUGUCUAACGGUCACCUUCACACCCGUGCCAUCAGUGUCGACAGCGAUACGGCCGGUGCCGGAGAUAUAGCUAUGAAGAGCCGUAAGUCGAGUGUAGUUCCCAAAGAGGUCAAAGAAUCUCCACCUCAGACACGGCUACUAAGUCUGCUGAAGCCGGACAGGUAUCUCGUGCUUACCGGUGCUAUAAUGGCGUUCCUCAUGGGUCUGUCGAUACCGACCUAUUCGUUGAUAUUCGGCGACAUAAUGGCAACGAUGGCCGAG